AUGACCCACGAUGAAAGAAUCGAGGGGCUUACAGCUGCUCUACGUACCCGAAGCUUGCCAGUGUCUGUUGUCCGUCCCUCACUUUCAAGGGCAAUGCACGAAAAGGAAGAAGGGCAAAAAGAGACAUACUUCAACACACCAGAGACUGCGGAUGCAACUCGCAUCCGAAACCUGGAAGCCGACAACAACCGCCUCAAAUCUGAGAUAGCUGAACUUGAGAGGGAGCUAGAUGAGACACGGACGGAGCUUCUUGAGGAACUUUCCGAGCUGCGAUCCAAGAACUACUUCAACCCAACCAAGUACGCCGAUUCAGAGAUUCGAAAGGACUGGAGCCAGCUUGGCUUCUUGAUUCAACAGUUUGUUAGCAACCACUUUCCCGAUAUGCUUCGGUUGGAAGACCUCCAGAAGGCUGAAGACUUCGAGCAGUACUCGCACGUUGGCGAAGUAUGUGCUGAGCCAGGAUCAGUCCUCCAAUCCGGAUUCGUAUACCCGUACCUUGUGGAGAGCAUGGUGUGGCGUUUCAUCAAGAAAGAAAUUUUCGACCCUGAGUCGAAGCUUUGGGCAGGAGAAAUCGGGAAGAAAUUUGAUAAUAUCUGCGGCAAAAUCACAGGAUGCGUCAAGAAACUCCCCGGCAACAAGAAGACAGAAUUUGACACAGCUUAUCAUGAAUGGAGAUCACGAUCUGUGAGCUUCUUUGUGGACCUCGGUAUGGACAAGAAGUCGAAAGAUACCCCAAUUGCCAUGGAGAUGAUGGACCAGUUACGGCAGUUCAUCUCACCAAGGGCAUCGAGGCGUCGGUUUCCCCAAGAGGUUUUGACAGACGCUACCGAGAUCAUCAACAAAGCUGUCGACAUCAACAUUCAGUUCAAAAAGUCGAAAGCCGACUUCACGGUCAUCUUCUCUGGCGGCGUGCGGUCGAACCACUCUCGGCCCUUUGGGUAUCAUUUUGAUACCGCAACCAUGAAUCAAAUUUCCCUUUUGCCGAGCAGCAAUCAACCGGGACAAGCCAGCCCUUCCAUCGUUGAUAUGGCGGUAUCGCCAGGUUUGAUCAAGUGUGGCAAUGCUGAUGGCACAAACUAUCAAUCCAAGAAGGUUUUGGCCAAAAUGCGAGUUGUUUGCGACCUAGAUGCCUGGUUCAAUGAUGUCGAUGAUGAGGAAGACGAUGAGGACAUUGACAAUGACGGCGAAUCCGCCACAUCGGGUCACCCAACAGUCACACCUCAAAACCCCGAAGACAAUGAAGGGGAUUCAGACGUUUCGCUGGUCACGGCCCCGGAAUACGCGAACAAUUCUGAGGGACCCGAUUCACAGUCCACGGAUAGGUCACUGGCUCAGAAUGGGGACCAUGAGAACAAAGAGCAGAUGAACGAGUCAACCAUCAUUGUGGCCGAGCAUGGGUCAGCCACAGUUGAGCAUGAAGAGCAAGAGGGUGGCGCAUGUGAUGUCGCAAAGUCGAAGCGCAACUCCCCUGAAAGAUUUCCAUUGACCGGGGAGGGGGAGGUUCUCAAUGCGGUGAUGGUCCAUCCUCAGGUAGAGGAGGCUGAAGAAAGCCCGGAAGCCAUGGAUCUUGAUGGAAAUGCCGACUCCGUCAAUCUACCGCCGGUUCCGAAGGUUGACCAUGAAGGAGACCUGCAAAUGGGAUCAGACUAA